AUCGACAGUAUGAUUUAUGAAGUGCGUUUCAAAACCACUACCGCAAAUGCAUUCUGGUUUUGAUUUCACUCGCAAUAAGAUGUCUGUUAUAAACGUUAGGAUAUUGUUCCUAUGUAUAAUCGUUCUCAGUGAACGUUGUACAUCUUUAAAUGACAAAAACAAUUUUUUGAACAAUAAUGUAAAUGCACCAGCUGACGCCACGAAGACUCGUUUUGAGCAGAACAAUGGUUUUUGGGAUCCACUGAACCUACCAAAAAGUUUCGACGCUCGAGAAAAAUGGUGCAAAUGUCCGUCUAUUGGUCAUAUUUAUGACCAGGGUAACUGCAAAUCAAGCUACGCUAUUUCUGUGGCAUCGGCCGUAAGCGACCGAAUCUGUAUCCAUUCGAAUGGAACGAUGAAACCAAAACUGUCGGCACAGCAAAUAUUGUCUUGUUGCUACCUUUGCGGAGAUGGAUGCAGGGGUGGCGACCAUUCCGAGUCUUGGUACUUCUACAAAAGACACGGAUUGGUAUCUGGUGGUGAAUAUGGUUCGGACGAGGGAUGUCAACCGUAUACGAUUGAACCAUGCCAACAUUUAGAAACCGCAGUUGAAAACAAAUGCUCGAAUAAAACACUAUUCACUCCAGAGUGCAAGUUUCAAUGUUAUAAUCCUAACUAUGGGACAAUAUACUCGAAAGACAAUCAUCAAGGAACAUAUUAUCGUAUUCCAGCAUAUAAGGCGAUGAAAGAAAUUUACGAAAACGGUCCAAUAACUGCGUCGUUUUAUAUGUACCAAGAUUUUGUCAACUAUCAAUCAGGUGUGUACGCGUACAACUCUGGAAAAUACGUUACCACUCAAGCGGUUAAAAUUAUAGGCUGGGGUGAAGAGAACGGUACGCCGUACUGGUUGGCAGCCAACUCGUUUAAUACAUAUUGGGGCGACAACGGAUAUGCCAAAAUUCUACGAGGCGCCAAUGAAUGUUAUAUAGAAGAAUAUAUGUACGCCGGAUUACCAUUGUUAUUGUUAAGUAGUAAUAUGCCGUACAUCACAAUGAAAAUCGUCUUGCUACUCGUAUACAGCUUUUGUAUAACUUGUGAUGCAAAUUUCAAAUUGCAUAAAAUCAUUGCACACGUCAACAACGCAAACGCAACAUGGCAGGCCGGAGUAAACAGCUUUCAUACAAACGACCACAAAAAAUUAGUGGGAACUUUUUACCAUCCCGACGCGGAUAUUUUAGACCACGAAGCCUUUGAAGGUACUGCAGUCAAUGGUGGCGAUUGUGACAACGAUGGUGAUGGAGAUGCGAACGAAGUACCAGAGAGUUUCGAUGCCCGAUACCAUUGGUUCGAUUGCACUUCCAUCUCACACAUCUGGAAUCAAGGCAACUGUGCGGCCGAUUGGGCCAUAUCUGUGACUUCGGCGAUGAACGAUCGCAUAUGUAUCGCAUCCAAGGGUAACAUUACUGCACUUUAUUCGCCACAAAAAGUGGUUUCCUGUUGCGAAGAUUGUGGUAACGGAUGCAACGGAGGAUACACUGCAGCCGCUUGGAGAUAUAUACUAAAAAAAGGAAUCGUUACUGGUGGCGACUACGGAAGCAACGAGGGUUGUCAGCCGUGGCUCGUACAGCCAUGCAACGCAUCCACUACUUCCGCCGAUCCGAGCUCGGUGCUCGGGCCACAUGGCGUGUGCGGCGGCGACCCAGUAGCCACUCCGAAAUGUGAUUUGAGCUGCUACAAUGCACAACACAAGGGCAAGUACUUGGACGAAAUUAUCAAAGCCAAGAGAAUUUUUACGUUCGACGGGUGUGCAGCGAGGAAAAAUCUGAGGAAACACGGACCCUACGUAGUCACGAUGCGAGUUUACGAAGAUUUCCUCGCUUACAAGUCUGGUGUUUACCAUCAUGUCACUGGUGAUUAUUUAGGACUGUUGUCAGUUCGGAUGAUUGGAUGGGGUUUGGAAGGAGGACAAGGGUACUGGUUGUUAGCUAAUUCAUGGGGAACUUCUUGGGGCGACAAAGGAUAUUUCAAAAUCAGACGCUUUGCAAACGAAUGUUGGAUUGAGAAUUUCAGAUACGCUGGCAUACCAAAAUUGUGAAGUCAAACCAAUGAAAUAUUAAAACUAAUUAACUAAUAAAAUAAAAUAAAAUAAAACUUAAAGUACAGAUAAGAGUGAACAUAGCAAUUAAUUUACAUCUUUAAGAUUAUAAAUAUUAGUCAAGUUUUGACAAGUUUAAAGCUGAGAAUCUUUAAUGUUCACUUUAAAUACAGCUACUGAAUUAGAUUACUAUCUAAAUAAUGUUAUUGAAUGUAACAUAAUGUAUACUUUGUUAUUUUUUUGAAUUCUGAGUGGAAUGUUAAAUACAUAGAUUUUACAAUAUAUUGGUUUUUUAACCAUA